CCCAUGUGCCAGCCAAGCCAUGCUUCACCGAUCUGAACAAGUAGUAAUCAAGAGCUGUCAUGUCUGAUGAGCACGCUGGAUUCGCCAGAAUUUUCCAUUCGAACUGCAUUAGUGUAUCCUGGGCAACUUUUGCAACAAGUACCCAAAAAAUGGCAUUUUCAGUCAAUUCAAGUCACCACUUUCAAAUGGUCGGAACCAAAACCGACAUUUUGGCAUAGAAUGAAGCAGCAUCACCGUAAGCUUCUGAAGGUGUUUGGUGGGCUUCGGCAACAGAUUUCUUCAGAUAAAAAAAAAAGAACCGAUUUGAAUUUGGAAGAGGAAGAAUUUUGAGCGUCGGCACACGCUGAAUAAAUGAAUAAUAUUGAAAGAAAAUUGAUUAAUAUAUGUGGAAGAACAUGGAAACUAUCGAAUUGAACCGUUAUGUACGCUGGUAAUUACCAUUUCUGUACUAUUUUUACCUGCAGAAGUCGCUUAUCAAAAUUAACACAGCUUCCUAAUAUAUCCCGUAUGCACGCUGCAAAUAAAUUAGUUCACGUGGUUAGUUUUCACAUGCACGGUUCAGAUGAUAAGGUGCACCGCUUUCAUUUAAUUAGCUCUCCUGUUUUUUUCUAGUCGCUAGUAAAGCGGAAAUGUUUUCCAUGAUUAUUAAAACUAAUGAUAGCAUAAAUAAAACUGUAAACAAUUUUGCGUGCGUUUAUGCCAUGUUUUUAUACCCACCACAGAAAGAUGGAGAUAUAUUCAUUGCUUUAGCACGUUUACAGCACUUAGAAGACAAUAUUCAACGAUCUCAUAAAGCACAUUUAUUUUUAAGCAACAUCAAAUUCUGAACCGAUCUAGAUACGUCCGCCCGUUCUUCUGUUCGUCCGUGCAAUAUCUACUGUAACCAAAACGCUCAUCACAAAAAUUAAGACAUUAGCUACAAAUUUGAGAAGAUUAUUGCAAUUUCUUGCCCGCAGGUUUUCAAAAUGAGCUAAAUCGGUCAAAGGCCAUGUCUAUAAUUAAAUAUGAGUAAAAGAAUUUGGUUAUUUACGCGUAACUUAUAAAGCAUAGCAAGUAAGACGGUAAAAACGUCCACGUAUAUUCUAUUAAUGAUCCAUCAGUACAUGACUUGGUUGUGCUUGCCUACAAUAAGACCCGCGUACUGGACAUUGUUACAGAUUUAUUCAGAUUUCGUGUGCUUUGCAUUUACAACAUUUUGCCAAAUGGAAAUUCUUUUUCAACUACGUUUAACUUAAGUGUAUUCUGAAUUACAUUUGUUAUAUUGUUUAAACCUUUUAACCAAUUAACAUUUUGCUUUUUCGCUGAUGCUGCAGUGUAUUUUAUGGUGGAUUGCAGCCUACUAUAGUGCCCCUUUAAUUGUGUUAAAAAAAAAUGUAUAUUUAAAAUAUUUAUAUAAAUUCGAAACAAACCAAACGGCAAAAUGAUUAAGUGACUAAAAUCAAUUAAAUAUACCUAUGAAGAUCACAGGUAAACUCUUUGACUGAAGUUAGUCUGCAAAUAACUAAUCGUCCAACGCAAUUGUAAGUUCUUAACGCGUAUAAAUCUGAGCAGAGAAAGUUGGAGUGUGAAGGCAGCUUCAAUAAUUUUCCUCCAUAGGUACACAUAAGUCAAAGAACACGUGGCCUAAUAUUGAUUACAUAUCUAAUUAGUCAAAGCAAUUGCGUAAAAUUGUUUAAAACAAGUGCGGUUUCGCUUUAUAGUGAUACUAAAAUUGAAUGUUUUUAACGUUUACAUCUGAUAUUUCUUGGUUUGUUAUGUUUAAGCUGUGCAGUCUUGCUAUGUUAAUUGUCUAGAAAUUACUUCUCAUUCUCUCUUCUUCCAUAAUAGCCAGAGACCUUACUAUAUUAAAGACAAAUUAAUAUUGUUCUGCAUGUACGUGAGAACAAUCGCGACCCCAAUUAGGGAAAUAGUCAAAAACCAUUACGAUUAAGUCUCUCAAUAAAAAUAUUCCAACAGUUUUCAAGCAAAAAAAAAAGAAAGAAAAACAAUGAAAUGUAAUCAACUUCCUAAAAAUCUCUACAGGUUUGCUUUUCAUAAAAUAAUGGCGCGUGCACAACAAACAAUAAUAUACGUUAAAAUUAACUUGAAACUAUAAUAUAAAUAUAAACCUCACGUGAAAUUCAAUUAACUUAUGUCCAGUUGGAAUAGUUAAUUGGCAGACUUCAAACGACAACUCCAGUGAACGCUGUUCAAAGUAUGAGACCACAAACGCAAUAUUGGUUUUGUAAUGCUUUAUCAUUCACUAUAAUGAUUGUUGAUGUUCAUAGCCGAGCACAGGAUUUUACGGAAAACAUUGGUCUGGGUGCCAUGAAUAUGGCCGGUAAUAUGAUCGAUAUUAUGUCAAAUGGUGGUGCGUUACGUAGGGAAAAUGAUGUGGAAUUACCAUUUGCUAAAAUGCAUUCGAAAACUGAGAUGGGAAUAGGUCAAGCAAUACAUUCGCCAGCAUUAGAUAGCUCAGAAGAAUACAGUAGACGCAAGCGAUCACAUCUUACGUUCAGUGAAAUAUCGCGGCAAAUUUCGCAUGUAUAUCGUAAUAAACGCUCUCCUUGCCACACCACGAUAGGUGGCGGUGGUGCCGGGGGCACAGAUUUUACCGAUGUUGUAGAGAGACGUCGUCGAAAAAUCAACAAUUCUGGAAGCAAAAAAAUUUCGCGUAGAACUAAAAAGAAAUAUUUAAUUCGUAGUGGUGCUGAAGACGUAACAGAUGGCACAAACGUGGAAGAAGUAAGACGUCACCGUCGUAAACGUCAAACCGAGAUUGAGGAUUUAAAUGCAAAUGCGAAACAAGCCGAGAAAGAUAUAUCUGAAAUAGCCAAUCAAUAUGCCGAAAAAGUAAAAAAUUCGUGGAAUAGUUUUGUGGAUAAAGUCGGUGAAAUGGCAAAAGCUAUAAGAGAAGCAUUUGUCUCAGAUUGAGCGGUGGCAAUCAGCCAUCCUUCAAAUUUUUUUACAGUUUUAAUGAACGUUUAAUGUGUACUUGUAUGUAGAGAAACAGUUAAUAAAUAUUGAUUUUAAUGAUCACAAGUAUUUCACGACUCAUUUGGGAAGAGAAGCAUGCAUAUAUUGCACAAUUAAUCGUUUUAUAAAAACAAGUUUACUUACUUAUAGUAUCGUCAUCUCCUUAGAUCUCAUUCUAUGCUCAAAAUACAUCCUAGUCUUAAAAAUCAUCCGUACAGAGAACACUACGUAAGGGUAGGUUUAACGUUAUACUUUGCCGUAAUCUACUUUUGUAUUUAUAUUUAAAAAAAGACAAAACAAAGUUUACACCGAUUGAAUCGUUCAAAAAUUUUAUAUUAUUCAUAAGUGACACACAAUGAACAAACAUUGGACAAGGAAUUUGUAAAAAUAUUCUGCGACAAAAACGUUUAGAAAAUCGUUUGUAAAAAAUUUUUAGUGAAUUUUGUUGUAAAAUGUAUAAUACGAAAAUGGCAUCCACACCUGCAGCAAUUAGCAGUGCAAUUCCCAAGUAUUGUUACGCCGUGGUGCGUUUCAUCAAUUAUAAGAAUUUUGAAAAGAAAAAUUAAGA